UGAGGGGUAUGUUCAGUGCAAAUGUAAACAAAAAUGGGGGGUGGGUGAGAACAUGCUUAUUACUGAACAGACUGCGCAUCAAUCACAAUGUUUCGUUAUUUGUUGGAAUUCUCAUAUAUUGGAACAGGAUUCCGGGGCAUUCAAAAAACUAUAAUCAAGUCCGAUCCGAGUUUUGUAGACCUGAAAUCGGUGCAGGGAUGUUUGGAUGUGGCUCUGCAAGUAUUUCGACCGGUGAAUGAAAUACAGACUGUGAUAUCAAGUAGGACUGAUGCCGGAGUCCAUGCUUUGCAUUCAACUCUACAUGUUGAUUUACAACGUGCAGAUGGUAGUCCUUAUGUUGAGGAAACCAUAACUGGUGUUUUAAAUCGCACAUUAUAUAAACAGGGAUUGCCCAUUAGGCUGAUAAAUACCCGUAUAGUGCCGGACACAUUUCACUGUCGUUACAGUGCUUUGGGCCGCACUUAUUUGUAUCGCAUUGCAGUUGCCAAGAAUGGCAUAAAGGAUUUGGAUACCCAAAAUAAGCACUUCGAAUCAUUUAUACCCGUGGAGGAAUUAGAUCGUUGUCAUUUUCUGCACAAAGCCACCUUCGAUGUUGAACGUAUGAGACAGGCAUCCCGCAUGUUUGUAGGACGACAUGAUUUUCGCACCUUCAAAAGCCAGGAUCGUCAGAAAAGUGCAUCACGAGAUCAUCCUAUGUUUACGGUUCGACGGAUCGAUGAAAUCAAUAUAAAACCUGGUCGAUCUGCUUGUACAGGAGUAAAUGCCAAAUUGGCAGAAGAGUUAUAUGACUAUUGGGAUAUAGAAGUAAAAGGCAAAUCAUUCCUCUAUAAACAAGUAAGACGUAUUGUGGGCUCACUUAUAGCAUUGGCCACAGAUCGUAUCAAUGAGAAAUGUAUUUAUGAAAUGUUAACAAUACCCUCGAAGCAUAAUUGGGAUCCUCGGUUACAAAUUGCACCAGCGUAUGGUUUAUAUUUGGCGAGGGUGCAUUACAAUGAGGAGGAUUUAAGAGUCGAUAAUAAGUAAUAGGAUCGAAACCUA